GCUAGAGUUUGGGGGAAAUUUGUGUAUGGCAGUUUUAGUUGAAACGGCGAGUAGAUCGGUGGCAUGCGAAGUUGGUCCACGCUUAGGCGGAUUUAUGUGAAUGUGUAGAAUUUUUUGUUUGUUUUAUUUACUGAAUGCUUGAGUUGAAAAAAAAAUUGAAAUUAAUUUUCUAAAUUGAAGCCAGCGCGUGAUGUUGACGACGGCGACAACGACGAUGAUGAUUAACCGCAAACAAAUCCAGCACAAAUGACAGAAAUAAAUUUUAUAAUAAUAUUGCAAUAAUAACAGUAACAACAAAAAGGUUUUGAAAUAACAAAAACAAAAAUAAUAACAAGCCAAGCAAGAGAGAAUACACUCAGCUUCUAAGAAGUUGCUUAUAGUACAUAUUUAUAGAAAUUUAAGGAUUCUGCCGGAGCAAACGAAAGGCAAAGCAAAGGAUUCUAUUGUGAUUUAGUUAUAAUCGAAGUCAAACUCCAUACUAAACUACAAAACCAGGACAAAAUCAAAACACCUCCAAAAUGGCAGUGUUUGGUAUGGUAUCGGCCGUUUCCGGCUUUAUAAAAAUCCGAUAUCUUCUGGACAAGGCGGUCAUCGAUAAUAUGGUGUUUCGUUGUCACUAUCGGAUAACAACGGCCAUAUUGUUUGUCUGCUGUAUUAUUGUGACGGCCAAUAAUUUAAUUGGUGAUCCCAUCUCGUGCAUCAAUGAUGGCUCCAUUCCAAUGCAUGUCAUCAAUACGUUCUGCUGGAUUACAUAUACGUUUACCAUACCGGGUCAACAGCAUCGGCAAAUUGGCACAGAUGUGGCGGCUCAUGGCCUGGGCAAUGAAUUUGGCCAGGAGAAACGAUAUCAUAGCUAUUAUCAGUGGGUGCCGUUUGUGUUGUUCUUUCAGGGUCUCAUGUUCUAUGUACCCCAUUGGAUCUGGAAGAAUAUGGAAGAUGGCAAAAUGCGCAUGAUCACGGAUGGCCUGCGUGGCAUGGUCUCCAUUCCCGAGGAUUAUCGCAAGGAUCGCCAGAAUCGCAUUAUCAAAUAUUUGAUGGAUAGUUUGAAUUCCCAUGCCGGCUAUUCGUUUGCCUAUUUCUUUUGCGAAGCCUUGAAUUUUGUCAAUGUCAUUGUGAAUAUCUUUUUGGUGGAUAAGUUUUUGGGUGGAGCCUUUAUGACCUAUGGCACGGAUGUCAUUAAAUUCUCCAACAUGGAUCAGGAUAAACGUUACGAUCCCAUGAUUGAAAUAUUCCCUAGACUCACUAAAUGUACAUUCCACAAAUUUGGCCCUGGUGGUUCACCACAGAGACACGACACUUUGUGUGUGUUGGCUUUGAAUAUUUUGAAUGAGAAGAUCUAUAUUUUCUUGUGGUUCUGGUUUAUCAUUUUGUCUGUCAUCACUGGCGUUGCCAUGGUCUACUCUUUCAUGGUUGUGACCAUGCCCACCACACGUGAAACCAUCAUCAAACGCUCAUAUCGUUCCGGCCAGAGCAAAGAAAUCUCAAGUCUUGUUAGACGUUUGGAUAUUGGUGACUUCCUGCUAUUGCAUUUUGUUGGCCAGAAUGUGAAUACGAAAUCCUAUUCGGAAAUGGUACAGGAAUUGUGUAAUCUCUUGGGCACCUCAAGGACACCAUCGGCCCCCUCAACAUUGGAAAUGCAUCCAAUUUAUCCACAAGUGGAUAGCUUUGGCAAGGAAACCGAAACAUAAAUACAAAAGCCACUGCAACAAAAAAAGGAAGUGCAAAAGAAGACUAACGAAUGUCCACACACACAACACAAUAAUUCCAAUGCAAUGAAUCAUCAUCAUCAUCUGACGACGACGACGAAGAAGACGACGAUGGAAAGGCAACAAAUGAUUUCUCAUUUAUUUUUUUUUUAAUUUUAUAUAAUUUUAAAUUUUAUGAUUUAUUUUAAAAAAUAAUAAUAAUAGACACAGCUAUAGCUAUUUUGUAAUAGAGACUACUAAAAGCAUUUUACAAAAUCUUAAUAUUUAAUCGAAAAACCUUAUGUUUUGUAAAAUUCUAUAAAAGCAAAUGUUUUGUCCCAAGUUCAUUUUUCAAAUAUCACUCACAAGUUUCCGUGCAAUUUUUGUUUUUUAUAAAAAAUACCAGGCCAAAUUGAAAAAUAGGAAAUUUCAAAACGCCACACUGCCCCAAAAUCAUAUUUUCAAUUUCUCCACUUUAAGUAUAAAAAAGACAAAACAUUUUUUUAUAAAUGUUUCAAUGAUUUCUCGAAAUUUAAAAUUUAAUAAUAAUACCAUAAAAAACACAAACGCCAUCAAUUAUAUUAGAAAAUAUAUAAGUUUUAACAGAUUACUUUUUAAAAAAUAAUUACAAUAAUAAUUAUUAUAUAGCAUACAAUUUUUUAUAUAUGUAUUUGUCCCUGAUUAUUGUAUUUGUCCAUGAAAUAUUGCUUCCAUUUUUAAACUGAAUAAUAUUAUAUCGAAAUUCCAAAUUGUUAUAAAUUAUGUAAUAACUUUAUGUCCUCUCCUUUUUCUCAAUAUUUAUCGAAAAUUCACUUUUUUAGAAUUUUUUAGUUAAGCUAUAUCGAUAAACAUUUUCUUUUUUAAAUAAUAGUAAUGAUGAUAAUAAUGCUAACAUUUUUAUAAAAAAAACACCGAACUACACCUACAUAUAUUUUAGAAAUUGUGUUUAUAAACAAAAGUAUUGUGAUUAUGAUGAUAGAAACAAGAUUAUUUUGUAUGCUACUUUUUUUAAAAUAAAUAUUUACGAUUUUAAAUAUAAAUAGAAA